GUCAAAAAAGCCAGCAGGUUGGCUUCUAGCAAUAUACAAUUAACGAGUAGGACUACCUUAUCAUCUCUCGUCUCAAAAUUAUCCGUCGAUGAGUAGCAAAGGAAGGACUAUCUUGCUCAGUUUGAUUUAUUUCUUACUGAUUAGACACACACAUUCUGAGACAGAUAUAUUGGUACAAGGCCAAAAGCUUAGAGAUGGGGAGCACCUGGCCUCAUCUGGUGGAACAUUCAGGUUGGAAUUUUUUAGCCCAGGUUCUUCAAGAAAUAGGUAUGUUGGAAUUUCAUUCAACAUAGCUGAUGGAGUGUUGUUAGUUGCCAAUAAGAAGGUGGUGUGGGUUGCCAACCGAGACAACCCAAUUGCUGACAAGUCUGGUAUUCUUAUGAUUGAUGAAUUGGGUAGGUUGACCAUUUCACAUAGUGGAGGCAGUCUCAUUGUGUCAAAUUCUGUUCAAGCAGCAAAAAAUGCUAGUGCCAUGCUACUGGAAUCAGGUAACUUUAUAUUGAGGGAGCAGAAUUCAGAUGGAUCUACAAGGCAGGUUUUUUGGCAAAGUUUUGACUACCCUACGGAUACGCUUCUGCCUGGCAUGAAACUAGGAAUUAGUAAGAAAACUACAGAUAUUUGGUCACUAACUUCGUGGAUAAGUGAAAACAACCCAGCCAAAGGUACUUUUACCCUUACUGCUGGUUUCAACAUGGAUGAUGAAAGUAUGUUGGUCAUUUGGUGGCAAGGGAACACCUAUUGGAUUAGCGGCAAUUGGCAAAAUGGGCAUUUUGAAUUUGUGCCUCGGUUCUCCAAUGAGAGGGACAUCAGUUUUAGUUACAUCUCAAAUGAAAAUGAGAAGUACUAUACAUAUUACCUGAAUGAAAAUCGUACAUUAUCACGAUACAUGAUAGAUUUCACAGGUGCAAUACUAGAGAUGACAGGGCUGGCACCAUUCGGUGCCAGUGCUUGUUCCUAUGGUUCCUAUCCCGGCUGUGUGAAGCAACAACUGCCAGCGUGCAGGAAGCCUAAUGAUCAGUUCGAGCAAAGAAAAGGUGCUAUGUCUGGUGAAGGAUUCAAGUUUGAUGGAAAUUACAACAUGAGUCUCUUCGAUUGUCGGGCAAAGUGCUUGAAUAAUUGUUCUUGCAUUGCUUAUGCGGCCACAGAUUACAACGAUACUAGCUGUACAAUUUGGAGCAAAGGAGUGAAUUUCAAAGAAAGCAACAAUUCUUACAGUCUGAAUGUCUAUUUUCUUGUGCAAGAAAAAGCUAAGUGGUGGAUAUGGGUUGUCCUAUCUGUGACUGGGAUUGUAGUACUACUAGUUUUGUGCUUCUUAUACAAUUUCAUUCAAAGAAAAUGCAAACAAAAAGGCGAGAGGAAAGCAGAGCAAGAAAUCUUACAAUGUGAGUUAGGAGCUAGCACAAGUCAUGCUAGCAUAUCUAGGAAGAGAAAACUAUUUGAAAAAGACAGGAAGAAGAGUAGUGCAUUAGAAUUUUUCAGCUUUGAGAGUAUAGCAGAAGCCACAAACAAUUUUGCGACUACAAGUAAGUUAGGAGAAGGUGGUUUUGGGCCUGUUUAUAAGGGAAUAUUAGCCAAUGGUCAAGAAGUUGCAAUAAAGAGACUCUCAGAAAGAUCUGGACAAGGAGUAGUGGAAUUUAAGAAUGAAAUUAUAUUAAUUGCCAAGCUGCAGCACACUAAUCUCGUCAGACUUGUUGGGUGCUGCAUCCAAAGAGAAGAGAAGAUGUUGAUAUAUGAGUACAUGCAUAACAAAAGCUUGGAUUUCUUGCUCUUUGAUCCUAUGAAAAAGGAUCAAUUAGAUUGGACAAAACGUUUCAAAAUCAUAGAAGGGAUUGCUCAAGGUCUUCUUUACCUUCAUAAAUAUUCUAGAUUGAGAAUAGUACAUAGAGAUUUAAAAGCAAGUAACAUCUUACUUGAUGCUGAGAUGAACCCAAAGAUUUCUGAUUUUGGCAUGGCAAGAAUAUUUGGGCAAGAUGAAUCUGAAGCAAACACAAAGAGAAUUGUUGGAACAUAUGGGUAUAUGUCUCCCGAGUAUGCAACUAAGGGUACCUUUUCAAUGAAGUCUGAUGUAUUUAGCUUUGGAGUACUAUUACUAGAAAUUGUGAGUGGCAAAAAGAAUAACAAUUUCUGUUAUCGGGAAGAAUCACUUAACCUAUUAGGAUAUGCAUGGGAAUUGUGGAGAGAAGGAAAAUGCUUAGAGUUUGCAGAUUCAGCAUUAGGUGAUUCCUAUCCAUUAAAUGACGUUUUGAGGUGCAUCCACAUAGGUCUUCUGUGUGUACAAGACAGUCCAAUAGAUAGGCCUUCUAUGUCAGAUGUUGUUUUCAUGAUUACUAAUGAAACUGUGUCACCAGUUCCACCAAAACAACCAGCAUUUUUUCGCAACAGGAGUUUGUCCAAAACCAUGUUGGAGAAUUUUUCCAUAAACAAGGUAUCAGUUUCAGAAAUAGAAGCCAGAUGAAGGGCCAGUGAUUCUUGUUCUGUAUUUGUGUACUUGUUUGAAGCUAUAAUUUCAAAUUAGUCUUUGCUUUGGUU